UGAGCUUCAAGAUAUAAAAGCAACUUCGGGUUCCCCCUUUCAAGACAAGACAAGUCAAAGGUUCAGAGGCAAAACAGCUCCCUGAGCUCUGAACGUCUUUCCCUCCCUCCUUCCUUCCCUCCUAUCCACUCACCCGCUCUCUCUCCCCUGCUCACAGUCCAGCCUCUGUCUAGGGAAGAGGCUUUCAAGCAGCUUUAGAUGAUUAUGGAUUUUCUGAGCGAGAAGUUUGCCCUGAAGAGCCAGCCGAGCAAAAACAGUGACUUUUACAUGGGAGCAGGAGGCACUUUGGAGCACGUUAUGGAAACUUUGGACAAUGAGUCCUUUUAUAGCAAAACGUCAGGCAGCAAAUGUGUGCAGGCCUUCAACCCUCUGCAAAGGGCUGAGCAUCAUGUGAGGCUGGACAGGACAUCACCCUGCCAGGACAAUAACGUGAACUAUGGGAUUACUAAAGUGGAAGGACAGCCUCUUCACGGAGAGCUGAACAGGCCCUUGGACAACUGCAACAAUCUCAGGAUGUCUCCGGUGAAAGGGAUGCAGGAGAAGGGGGAACUGGAUGAACUUGGUGAUAAGUGUGACAGCAAUGUCUCCAGCAGUAAGAAGAGGAGACACAGAACAACUUUCACCAGUUUGCAGCUGGAGGAACUGGAGAAAGUAUUCCAGAAAACUCAUUACCCUGAUGUCUAUGUACGAGAACAACUAGCUCUGAGAACAGAGCUCACUGAGGCCAGAGUCCAGGUUUGGUUCCAGAAUCGAAGAGCAAAAUGGAGGAAAAGAGAACGUUAUGGUCAGAUCCAGCAAGCUAAGAGCCAUUUUGCUGCCACUUAUGAUAUAUCUGUUCUUCCAAGGACUGACAGCUACCCUCAGAUUCAGAACAAUCUGUGGGCAGGGAAUGCGGCUAGCGGUUCUGUGGUUACUUCCUGCAUGCUACCACGAGAUACCUCCUCCUGUAUGACACCUUAUUCCCAUUCACCCCGGACAGAUUCUGGCUACACAGGCUUUUCAAACCACCAGAACCAGUUCAGCCAUGUGCCCCUCAAUAAUUUUUUCACUGACUCUUUACUUUCUGGGACAACCAAUGGACAUGCUUUUGAAACCAAGCCGGAAUUUGAAAGAAGGUCCUCCAGCAUUGCAGUUCUACGGAUGAAAGCCAAAGAGCAUGCUGCCAAUAUUUCCUGGGCCAUGUAAAAUAGCAGUAACUUUUGGUUUUGUUUUUACUUUUUUUUUUUUGUUUUUACUUUUUUUUUGUUUUUGUUUAUAGCAAACUGAAAACAUUUUAAUUUUGCAUAUUUAAAGGACACAACAAUAAGCUGCUGUGUGUGGAGUGCUAGAAAUCACAAUAUACAUGGUCUGCUUAAAAAAAAAAAAAGCAAUAUAAUAUUUAACAAUAAAACUUAAGAAAAAACCAAAUAGAUCUACCAUGCAUCAAGCUCAACAAGCCCUCUUUUUUUUUUUUUUUUAUAUAGAAACAUGUUUUGUUGUACCAGUUGAUGAAAUAUGAUUAUAGAACCUCAAAAAAGAAUAAACCUAUUAAGCAAACUUGUCUACUUCAUUGGUUUUUAUCAGUCCUGUAUACAAAAUUAAUACUUUACAAAUGGAAUACUCCAUCAGGGAAGAACUCUGUAAAGGAAAAUAAGUUUAUUAGACAAAAAACAUGAGGUAAAUCUCUAAGCACACCAUGCAGAGAAGGAAAUAUAUGAUCCUUUAUGUUGUAGGUGAAAUUUGUAGACCUAACUCUCUCAGCACUGUGCUGCUGCUCUGAGAGAGCUCUACUGUUUUGCUACAAUGCUUGUUGAGCUCACUGGAACUCAACUGCACAACUGUUGUAUUAGUGCACAAUGAAAAGAGAAAGUAGUCCUUUAUUUUAUGAACCUGAGUGUAUUCCUAUGAAAGAUAACAAGAUUUUUACUGAAGAUAUCACUAAAAGCAGGAUCACAGUGUUUAAUGGAGUUUCAAAGAAAUGCACAGAUUGUGUAGAUCAAUUAGUGUUUAAAUAAAAUCUUUAACAUUGCAGAUAGAGUAUCUUGAAACUUAGGUCACAAAGGAGGGCAUGGAAAAGUACUUCAACACUUUCAAGAGAAUCCAGAUUUAGAAACAAAACACAACAACAAAGUUUUGCUUCUAUUUCAAUCUUACUAUUUUUUGUUUUGUUUUGUUUUGUUAUCCUACAGUCAUAUUGGAAAGGAAAAAGUCCAGCAAGACUUUCCAGUUUGUCUGUAACUAAUCUCAAGAUGUUAUAAGAGUACAUUUCAUUUAAUUUUAGUAACAGUUUACUGAUAUUUUGCUUAUUUUUAUUAUUUUUUUCAGAGUGUAAGACUGGCUUGCUCCCUUUAAAGUCCAUAGGAAAAAUCUUUGUGACUGCA